CCACCACCCACUGCCCCCUUAUUACCUGUCAUGGCUGCCUGCAGCACUGCGCGCACAGUAAAUCCAGUGCUUCCUAUGUCCCCUUCGUUGUCACACGUAGCCAUGGCCUCUGCCUGUCUAUCUCUCGACGCGAGCCUCACGCGUCAAUGACCCUUUCACGAAUAUAAGUACAGCGCUACGUGAGCGGACAAGCCAGUUCUGCUGGCAGCGAGAGGCACUUUGAUCUGACGACUUACCAACCACCUUUUCCACAGACCCACACUGUAGAAUCAAAGCUAUUCUGGAGGACAGAUAGCACUGAGCUAGUAGCUUGUCCACCUUUCCCAGGCCACAAACUGUCCGCCGUUCCCCGCCUCAUUUUCCGCAUUUUCCCCGCCGUUCUGCAGGACAGAUAGCACUGAGCACCUUUCCACCUUUCCCAGGCUUUUCUGACUCAGCAACUUGAAACCUUAGCGAAACUCCUUUCGAACGUAAGCUCUCCCGUCCCCGUCCCCGUUCCCUUUCACUAGGCCAUCUCUCCUACUGUCUCAGCAAGCUCACUCCCCAGUCGACGAGGGACACACAGAUCGAGCGCGAAGAGCGGCCAGCAGAUCGAGCGCGAAGAGCGACGCGCAAAUGGACGACAUCUCGCCGAGCGUCGGCGCUCGCGACGACAGCACGUUCUUUGACUCGACGGCCGACUGUCUGCCGCUGGAGGCUCCCGCGCAGCGGAACUUAGUGCCGUCCUUCGCGCAGGAUAGAGACCUAAGUAGCUUCUACGACCAGCUCAUGCAGCAGAAUGACCCGCCGCCGCCGCCGCAAGUGCCGUCAGCUGCUCCGCAGCAACAACACCAGCAGCAGCAAUUUCAGCAGCAGCAGCAGCAGCAGCAGCAACAGCAGCGGCAGCUUCAGCCGCCGCCACACGAUGCCUCCGCUUCUGCCGCCGCGAUGCGCGGGCGCGGCAAGCACGACUCCCCCCAGAACGUGUCGGCCGAGUCGCUCGCCGCGGCGCUCCUAGACCCGUCGUCCGACGUCGGCAGCCGCAUUCGGUGCUCCGGCGUCGGCGCGCUAACGCCGUCCGAGCAACAGCUUUUGCUGGCGGCGCUCCAAAAAGAAGCCCAGGGUCUUCCCCAGGGACUACCCCAGGGAUUCCCCCAAGGAGGCGGAGGGACAGCUGUGGGAUCGUUUCCGCCAUUCGCGCACGGGCCGGCGGGAUCCCCGGUGGAAAUCGCGCGCGCCGGAGUGAGAUCCUCUGGCACAUCUCCGGCCGCUAGCAUCGGCGAGUAUAGCGGCGCGACAGGCGCCGGCGAUCUCGGCGCAGGCGACGCCGCCAGAGGCGGCGCGCACCGGAAGUCAGCGUCGUUCUCCGUCGGCCAAAGAAUCGCCGCAACCUCCGCCGCGAUGGGCGCCGAACAUUCGUCGCUAGCUUCGGGUGGUGGGCUACGGUCGCGACGCGGUCUUCCGGAUCUGCACCAAGUCAAAGGCUCGGAUAUGGUGGCCCUCAGCGGCGGCUCGGGAAUGCCGCGGGUUACCCGCCCGAGUCCCACAGGGAAGCGCGACUCGGAGGGAAACCUCGUUGUAAGCACGCCGGGGCGGUACACGAUCGUCGGAGCCAGCCCGCGCGGGCCGCUUCAAGUGGCGGAGGCGCAAGGACUAGGCGCAAGCCCCCUUGGAGGGGGCAACGGGGGGUCGGGGGACAGCGCGCACCUGUCGAUCAGCCCGGAAGCGGUUUUGGCGGCGGAGCUUUCGAAGAUCGGCGUGUCGCCCGCCGUCAUUGCUGCCGCGACUGGCGCGGCGGGUCAGCUGGGGAGCGGCAUGGCGGACGCGUCGGUGCAAUGGGGAAGGGGGAAUCAAAACCCUAAAGCGCGGGGAAGCAUGGGCCCGCCAGGGGGAAGCGGAAGCGUUUCGAGCGGGCGCAGUCAAGCGGCGGGCGGGGGGCAGCAGCAUUCCGCGGGCGGGGGACAGCAGCUACAGAAGCAGGGAUCGGGGUCAGAAUAUUCCAUGGACGCGCACACAGAAGGCGCUUUCGCUCUAGGCGCCAGCGGCAGCGGCGAUGGCAAUGGCGGUGGGGGAGGGGGAGGGAGUAGGGGGGACGCCAACACGCAGAGUCACGCGGCCGGGUACUCUACAAAGCCGAGGAGCGUGGCGGAGCGGAUGAGGCGGGAGAAGAUCACGUCGCGGCUUCAGAACCUCAAGGAGGUGCUGCCUAAGAUGGACGCUAAGACUGACACGUCAGCAAUGCUGGAAGACGCGGUGGUUUACAUUCAGUCGCUGCAGGCGCGGUGUAAAGCGCUCGAGCGGCAGAACGGUGCGCUCUCGCAGCAGCUUCGGGAGAUUGGGGUUACACCAGCAGUCAUCAGUAACCCUUCGUUCAAUCACCAAUAAUAAACAGUACCGUGUGCAAUACGCGAAACGUCUGGCACCAUGUAUGAAGCUUUGCAUGAAGCUUUAUGCGGUAUGUGAAGCUUUGCGUAUGAAUCGGCGUACUGUAUCGCUUUGGAAGAAACGGGCACCAUGCAGACUCAACAGCAUGCAGUUUGCAUGAUCUAUGGGCUGUUUCUGCAACUGCUUCAUUCUUUCAUAGCUGUUUAUUCUCAUCCUUGCCAUUGUGAGGGUGAGGUUCAUUCAAUCUAGAUCAGCCCAUGGUCAUUACAUAAGUGGCUACAGCUGGUGAUAUGUGUGGUACAGUACUACCGUAAUUGUCGACUUAGACAUAUAUUUGUAUGUAGAAGUUAUAGAUUAGAUAUGUUAGUGUUCUUAGAGAGUACAACUCCAACCCUGUAUCUGCCCAAUACUCUUUUGUUUCUAGU